AUGUCGUCACUGCCAUAUGAUUAUCAUUGCAAGAAGCCGCUACUGCCCGACAUCUCGUGCCACCGCCACCCCAACGGCUAUUCCCUUCUGUUUCUGGCCUCCAUUCGAUGCACGUCACCAGGCGGGGGCUUGUUCAAGCUAGAGUGUGAAGCUGUUGCUGAUUAUGUAGCUUCUCACAACAAUGGAACAAUUUCAGAAGGACCAUUGUUUGGUGGAGAAGUUUCCACUACUUUCCCACUUAGGUUGGAGGAGGUGUUUGUGGACCUUGCACAUGAUAAAAGUAUGAUAUUUGAGCUUUUAGAAUUGAAUCAUGAUGUUGAAGACAAUGGAAGUGGUACUUCAUUUUUACAAGACCUUGCUAGAGAACAAGGCCUUUUUGAGGGUAAUAUUGUGACUAAGCAGUCAACAGUGUUUGAGGCUCCUGAACUCCAAUUCAGAAACUUGUCAGCUGUCAUAACAACUGCUACCGCCAAAAUGGUAUAA